UUAAAAGUUAAUUUUGGCUAUGAAUUAAAUUAUCUUAAACUUGAAGUUUAGUAAAACAAAUAGCGUUUUUAUACUAUUUAGAAUGUUUUCUUUAAAUAAAAGCAUUUUAGGAUUUUGUAUUAAUAGUUUAAAGCGAGUUAAUCUGUUAAAAAAUGCUUCUUGCAAAUCCUUCCCUGCUUCCUCUGUUAUGACAGGUCUGCACCGAUUCAAUGGUAGCAGUAGCAACUCACAAACAGUAAAUAAUGAAGAAACAGAAAUUGAAAACUUUAAUUUGGAUAGAAAGUUUAUCAAUAGAAAUCCAAGGAACUUGGAGCUUUUAGGCAUAGCUUGGAAACGUAAAGGAUGGAGAUUUCAAUAUCCAAGCAAAGAAUUCUACCACAGGAUAGAAUUCAUAGUGACCAACCGAAACAUGGAGGCUAAUGUUGUACAUAGCUGCGGUACUAAGGUAGUCUCAUGUUCCACUAAGGAAUUGGCCAUCAGAAAGCAUUUGUACAAUUGCAGUGAUGUUUCAUCAGCCAUCAACAUCGGUCGAGUUCUGGCUCAGAGAUGUCUGCAGUUUGGGAUAGCCAAUGCCACCCUACUUGAAUGGAUCAAUGCUGACAGUUCAGAGAAGUUUCAGGCAUUCAGGAAGAGUCUGCUUGAUGAGGGAUUGCAACUGACUGAACCAGAGGAGGUGGAGGCCCCGUACGCUCCUGGCAUCGACUACGACGACCAGGAAAAACUGGCGGAACUUUCAGAGCGCCAACUGAAAGUGUGGAGUUUGGGUAAAAAGUCAUUACUCAUGAAGUUUCUCAAUAAAAAACGGAAGUUGAGGGGUCGAAAUAGGCCACUAUUCGCUCCCAGGCCCCUCAUAAUGCCAUCUUACACAUACAACUAACUUCAUUUUUUCAGCAACUUUUGUGCAGUUUAAUAAAUUUUAACACAGAUA